CCCCACAGCAGCAAAGCAUUCCCAACGAAGACAAGAAUCCUCUCUCACUCCUCAGUCGGUGCUUCCACACAGACAGCGAUGGAGCCGAACAUGGCGCCGCGGAGGCUGUGGCACGUGGUGCGCGCCGUGCUGUUCAUGCUCCGCAAGGGCAUGUCCAAGCGGAAGCUGUCCAUGGACCUCCAGCUCCUCCUCCACCGCGGCAAGAUCGCCGGCAAGGCCCUCAGCAGGCUCAUGAGCGCCCACGGCCACCACGACCAGGCCGCCUCCAGGUCGGCCGCGGAGGCACCUCCGCCGGCGUCGUUGUCGCGCCGCACCCUCGACCCCGCGCUCGCCGUCUAUGGCCCGCGCGGCGCCGGCCGCGAGGUGGAGUUCAGCUGCAGCAACACCCCGUCCUACCCGCCCGUCCAACUCAUCCCCGCCAAGCGCCGCCGCCGCAACAACCGCCGCACCCACCGCGGCGCCAACGGCGCGGAGCCAGGGUGGUACAACUACGACGCGGCCGACAUUGCCAAGGUCUUCGAGGUCCUCAACGACGAGCAGCUGCUGAACGAGGUCGUCGGCGACGGCGGUGCGGCGCCCCCCGCCGUGGUGGCGACGCCGUCCCCCGCGCUGUGGUCGAGCUUCGGCCGCAGCCCGGCGCCGGUGAGGCAGCUGCGGAUCACCGACUCGCCGUUCCCGCUGAGGGACGACGCGGCGGAUCUGGAGGGCGGGCUGGUGGAUCAGGAGGCGGACGAGUUCAUCAAGAAGUUCUACGACCAACUGCGCAGGCAGCAGAACCUCGCCGCCGCCACCCCGGAGUACGGCUACGCGGGUCGGGCCGCCGGCGUCGCGUACUAGGAGCUACACUCGCCUACGUGCCGAUCGAAACGUCCAUGCAUAUAGGUGUUAGCUACUUCCCGCGCGCAUGCAUCUUUCCGUUCCAAGUGUGAAGUGUGAACCUGCCUGCUCCAGUACAUAUAUGGUUGUGAUCUUGUGCAUAGACCAAGCAUGUUUGUACGUAGAGAGCUCACUUACUAUCACUCUAAUAACUUUCUUGGAGCUAGCUGUGAGAUUUUUCGUGUUUGAUCAGUUGCUGUAGAUCCAUAUGCAUGUACUAUAUCACUAGUUCACGACUACUAGUAGGUAACAAGAUUGCACAACCUGCCAUGUAUAUGCGCUGUGUAUGGUAGACUAGCCGAUCGAGUUUGUGGCUUUGUACUUGUCGUUCAUCGAAUUCAAACAAGGAUGGCUCAGUGCUUCA